UUACGAUUUUGAAUUUAGUUCGUAUUCACAAUAGUGUUUCGACGCGGCGCGUGGCGGACGCGGCCAUUUUGUGUUUUAAUUUUUUUACGUUUCGAAGAAGGUUUUAGUGUUGUGAUAUAUUGUUUUUUUCUGAUGAUGAAUGUUAAUAGUUGACUACACCGUAGGAUGAAAAUGGCGGACACAGAAGGACCUGUCACUGUCAGUGAUUUACCUAUUACUUUUCAAGUCAAAUAUUUGGGUCAAAGCGAUGCACGAGGACUAUGGGGCAUCAAGCACACAAGGAAACCAGUGGACCUUAUGGUUGCAGCAGCUAAGGCAUUACCACCAGGUGAAAUGUUACCAAUCGUGAAGUUGACGAUCACAGUGGAAGGGGUUCAUCUGGAGACCCUCAACCACGGCACAAAACGAGAUGAAUUCGAACAUAUGACAGUAUUUUUUAACAUAGAAUCAAUAUCAUACGGCGUCCAGGACCUGGUCUACACCCGUGUCUUCUCGAUGAUAAUAGUCAAGGACAAUGCUGACGUUAAAGGGCUGAACCCAUUUGAGUGCCACGCCUUCGUCUGCGAAUCCAGGAAUGCCGCUCGUCGAUUGACAUACUCACUUGCUGCUGCUUUCCAGGAUUACUCCAGACGAGUUAAAGAGAAGCAGACUACACCAGAACUGGAUGAGAGGCCGCCGAGUCAGAAGCCAAAGAAGCGUUUUGCAAUCGACCUAAGGACACCAGAAGAAAUUGAGGCUGAUUUGGAAACAGAAGCUUAAGCUUUCAGAAGCUGUAUCAAAUAGCUUUUUCUUAACUAACAUUUGUACAAAUACAUACUUUGGUAUGUGUUUCUUACAUUAUUUACAUAAAUCGACGUUUUGAGUGAUUAACAGGGGUGGGUUUGUUAAAUAAUGUAAUAAUUCGUGUUUGUAUCAGUUAAAGAAGUUGUUUUAUAAUAUUACAAGCUAAUGUGCUGAUUUUAAAUCAAUUGUGGGCUAAUUUUUUUUCUUCAAAAUAAGAUAUCUUUUUGUUAAAGUAGUAUUUAAUGUACAGCCUUUUUUCAUACAUAUACUAUUUAUCGAUAUCAAGAACGGUGUCGGAGUUAGGUAAACCUACCUAAAUUUUGUCGAACUGACAUACAUAUAUUAUAGUUUUUUAAGUUAGAAGGAAUGUCCACAUAGCUUUGUAUUCUUUGCAUAAUAUUUUUUUAAGAGUCCAAAGCAUAAUAUUUAUUGUUGUACUAUUUAUUAAGUUAAUGUAAAUAUUACAUUCCAAAGAGUGUUGUAGAAAUAAAUGAUGGUGUUAUAACUUU